AUGGGAAGCAGGCAUGAGAAUUUAGAGGAUCCGAUGGCAAUCGGGAUUGAGGAUAUGAUAUACGUUGCUGUGGGAAAAGAAGUGAAAGAGUUCAAAUCAAUCCUGUUGUGGGCUUUACAGAACUCUGGAGGAAAGCCAAUUUGCAUCCUUCACGUUCAUCAACCGGCACAGCUCAUCCCCUUUAUGGGUACAAGAGCUCCAGCAAACUCACUGAAGGAAAAGAUAGUGAGGGAGCACCGGGAAACUGAAAGGCAAAAAAUGCAUGAGAUCCUGGAUGAAUACCUUCGUUUCUGUCGCCAAACGGGGGUACGGGCACAGAAACUGGAAAUUGAAAUGGACCGUAUCGAGAAGGGAAUUUUAGAACUGAUCUCUAAGCACCAGAUCAAGAGGCGUGUUAUGGGAGCAGCAGCAGAGAAGCACCAGAUCAAGAGGCUUGUUAUGGGAGCAGCGGCAGAGAAGCACUAUAAACGAAAAAUGACAGAACUCAAGUCUAAUAAAGCUAAAUAUGUGUGCGAACAAGCACCUAUUUCCUGUCAUAUACAAUUUAUCUGCAAAGGCCACCUCAUCUUCACCAGGGAAGCAAGCACAGAGAUGAGUGGAAGGGGAGAAUCAAACCUCAUGAAAUCACGGUCUGUUACUUUGGGGUACGAAAGGAACAGCAUGAGUGAAAUCCGAGAAUCAGACUAUUUGAGAUCACAAUCAUCUGUUGCAGCGGGGCACAAUAGGGAUAGCAGUGGAAGGAGGAUGAGCAUCUUAGAUAUGAUCUCUUUACCGGCAGGCAGCGCUAACGAAGAGGCUUCAUCUCCAAAGACUAGUCCUUCGGCUUCUGAUCAUGAAUGGGAUGGCUUAAGAAGGAGUCCCUCCGGUUCGGUUUGCUCAACAAGCUCUCCCAGAAGAGUGGUUGAUGUAACUCUGACUGCAUGGAAUGAGGCGAAUGAGAAUGGGCUACCGCCGUUUAGCGUACCCUCUCCGGCGUCGGCUUAUUCAAGAAGCUCUUAUGUGGAAGUCGGAUCUCCAUUGCCGCUGCCACAGAGUCCAAGAUUGGUUUCUAGUGCAAGUACCAUCUCAACAAGCUCUUCUAAUGGAGCUCUAAGUGUUUUGGACGGAAGUUUAGAUAAUACUCUUUAUGAGCAACUUCAACAAGUGAUGGCAGAGAGCGAAAAAGAGACACUCAGGCGUCAGAGAGCAGAAAGAGAUAUGAUUGAUGCUAAACGACGGAGCCAAAAAGAGUCGAGGCAAAGAAAAGAAGUGGAGGAAGCGCUGGUGAAGGUGAAAGAAGAGGUUGAAAAAGUGAAGAGCCAGAAAGACCAAGUAAUGGAAGAACUCAGGAUUUCUCAACAAAAGGAAAUAUCAUUAAAGAAUCAAAUUGCAGAGUUACACAAAACGAUGAACGAGUUGCUGAUGGAGCGUGAUAAUGCACUGAAAGAAGCUGAAGGACUAAGAAGGAUGACUGAUCAUGAUCAGUGCUCUGAGUUCUCGCUCUCUGAGCUCGAAGAAGCGACUCAGAAGUUUGAUGAAUCCAGGAAAAUUGGACAAGGAGGAUAUGGAAACAUUUACAAAGCUCUCUUGCGUCAAAAAGAGGUUGCAAUCAAGAUGCUACAAUCUCCUGGCGCCCAUGGCACCUCACAAUUCCAAAUGGAGGUUAGUGUAUUGAGUCAGCUGAGGCAUCCCAAUCUUGUGAAACUCAUUGGAUCCUGCCCGGAGGUUUUUGCACUCAUCUACAAGUAUCUUCCCAACGGAAGCCUUGAAGAUAGACUAAGCAUGAGGGACAACACUCCUCCAUUAUCAUGGCAAACUCGAAUACGCAUCGCCACAGAAUUGUGCACUGUCCUUGUGUAUCUCCACUCCGCUAAACCUCACAGCAUAGUGCAUGGUGAUUUGAAACCCUCCAACAUCCUCCUCGAUGCCAACUUUGUUAGUAAACUAAGUGACUUUGGAAUCUGCCGUAUGUUAUUGCCAGAUGCCAGUUUUGCUUUCAUAGAUCCCGAGUUCCUUGAAACAGGAGUGCUUACUUUGAAGUCUGACGUUUACUCGUUUGGAAUCAUAUUACUACAAUUGUUGACUGGGAGACAACAUUUCUUGAUAUCAAAUGAAGUGAAAAAUGCCCUGGAUGCCGGAAAUUUGAAAACUCUCUUGGAUCCUUCGGCUGGAGAUUGGCCGAUUGCGCUUGCUCAAAACUUGGCUAAGUUGGCAUUAAGGUGUUGUGACAGGAAUAGAGAGAAUCGGCCAGACCUUGGGUCAGAUGUAUGGAAAGUACUUGAACCAAUGAGGGCCGCUUCAUGUGGAGCCUCAUUUUCAUCCGAGCUGGGAUCCUGAAGAUCAUUAAUAUUGCCAAUUAAUUA